GCCAGCCGUGAUUGAUUGGAGGAUUACUGCACAAAAGUGGCGCGGUUCUUUGAGCGAGCCAUGACUACCAUGGAGGAGAAUUCGGAGAGGGAGCUACAGAUUGGAGCAAACGAAUGGCUGAUUACCUUGGAGAACGGACGCAGAUGGCUACAGGAGAUUGUGAGGUACAUGUCUUUGCGGCUGCAAAUGGAGCCACACGUCGAAGGGGGAGCGAUCGUUCUGGCUGUUUGGAUGAAGGUCAAAAGUGAGGACAUGCUGGCGAUCAUCUGGGAGAUGGAGGAGGGGCCGGAUCCUCGGCUUGACGUCUGCAUCAAUUGGACGAGGGCAAAUGGCAUCAUGUCAAUCUGCAAAACCCUCUUCAAUGAGGGUUGCGAUCUGUAUGCUCUUCUGGAAGACCGGCUGGAGGGCAUCAUUGAUCGUGAGGACGUGCACGAGGUAACAGCGGUAACACCAAGAUUAACAACAACAGCAAUGGAUGGGUGCGACAACAACAACGACAACAAUGAUAAUAGCGGCGAGAACACUAACAACAGCAACAGCGGCACAAACAUCAUCAACAACAAAAACAACAACAACGAUAAUAUCAACAGCAACGACGACGACGGCGGCAGUGACGACUAUGGAAGCAGCGGGGCUGACAGCUGUGUCCGGGCAGUUGUGAUCAUCAGCGACAUGAUGGGGGAGAUGCCGCAAGCGGAUGAAGGGGAGAUUGGGGUUGGAACGGAAAAGGGGUUUGUCAUCCCCCCCCCCUCAACGAUAGGGACGACGACGACAACAAUGACAACACCACCACCACCAACAACAACAACAGCAACAACAACAACAACAACAACAACAACAACAACAACAACAGCAAUAACAACGAUGACGACGACGGCGGCGGCCACGACCAAGGGAGCAGCGGGGUAGGAAGUGACAUCCGGGCGGCUGAGAUGGGAGGGAUGCUGCAAGGGGACGUGGUGGGAUAUGGGGUUGAUACAGGGAAGUGGUUUACUGCUCUCCCCCUCUCCAACCUUCGUACGGAGUUCCUCCUCGUGGUUUGGAGGAGGAUAUGAGUAGGAUAGCUGGGGGUGAUUGACGUUGCCCGGCCUGCAAUACGAAUCACCAACGGGGGCCUGAUCGUCUUGUUGGGUGGGGUUGGGAUGUUUAGCGAUUAAUUAGCCGGAGGUCAAUCCUUCCCGGCGCAGGGAAGUAAUCAAUGCCCCCUGACAGU